AUGGCGAUGGCGGUGGCGAAGGUUCAGUCUGUGAAGCACGGGCAGCCGAUUUUUCUGGCCAUGGGGGUCUUUGCGGUGCCACUGAAGGGUCUUGUUUCGAAGAAGCGGCGGUUCGGGUUGGAGUCAAAACUGGAGCUGUCCUCCGAGUUCGACGCGGAGGAUCCGGAGUUGCGGGUAGAGGCGGCGAAUCAGGUGGGAGCCAUGAACGUCACCAGCACACUCUGGCCGCCAAAGCGGCAGCAGGCAGAUCCCACGGAGUUGAGUCCGGUACAACAGGAGACGACGGUGGGGCGCUUCACAGGCUCCGCGCCGGCUUUCUCAGCUUGGCCCUUCUACCAAGCUGAUUACACAGACUUCCCCGCGGAGCUGCAGCCGCUUUCUGAGAAAGACAAAGAGCUUGAGAUCUACAAGGUCGUGGACUUCGUCUCCUCGAGCGCUUUGACGCGGGCUUUCGCUUUGGCCAGCCGCUGGCAGAAGCAGAAUUUGGGACGCUCAGCCGGCUUUGACCGCACCUUGGCAGAGGCAGAGCUUAGACUGGGCGCUGGGGUCUUGAGCGGCUUCAAGUACACCAACCCCAUCCUCCUGCGCCAGCUGCAGGGCCUGAACGUCCUCUUGAGCUGGAGGGAAGAGAGGCAUUCGAAUGGCCCGCUUCCCCUUUUAUCGGAAGAGGGCCUCCUGGAGUUCUUGCUGGAGGUCGGUGCCUCGGACUUCACGCAGAAGGAGUUCCGUGCUGUGGCGCCUGUGGGCCGCGAGGCAGCGCAGACUUAUGCCCGUAUACACCUUGCUCUGGUGACCGGCUUGGUUGGCACUUCCGGCUCUGCUCUGGCCACUGGACCAAAGGGAGCAGUCUCGACAUCCAGAUCUGUCUAG